AUGGAUGGUGUCAAUCCAGAUUCAAAGGAUAGAGAUGGCUGGACACCACUAUUUUAUGCUGCAUCAGAAGGGCAUGAGACAAUAGUGAAGCUACUUCUCAACAUGGAUGGGGUCGAUCCAAAUUCAAGAACUGAUAAUGGCCUGACACCACUGUCAAUGGCUGCAUAUAAAGGGCAUGAGGCAGUAGUGAAGCUACUUCUCAACAUAGAUACAGUCGAUCCAGAUUUAAAGGAUAAUAAUGGCUGGACACCACUUUCAAGAGCUGCAUCAAGAGGGCAUAAGGCAAUAGUAAAGCUACUUCUCAAUACGGAUAGGGUCGAUCCAGAUUCAAAGGAUAAUAAUGGCUGGACACCACUAUUUUAUGCUGCAUCAAAAGGGCAUGAGGCAAUAGUGAAGCUGCUUCUCAACACAGAUGGAGUUGAUCCAGAUCCAAAGGAUGAUGGCUCGACACCACUAUUUUAUGCUGCAUCAAAAGGGCAUGAGGCAAUAGUGAAACUACUUCUCAACACGGAUAGAGUUGAUCCAGAUUUAAAGAAUAAUGAUGGCCGGACACCACUGUCAAUAGCUGCAUAUAAAGGGCAUGAGGCAACAGUGAAGCUACUUCUCAACACAGGCAGAGUUGAUCAAGAUCUAAAGGAUAAUGAUGGCCAGACACCACUAUCAAGAGCUGCAUCAGAGGGGCAUGAGGCAAUAGUUAAGUUACUUCUCAACACGGAUGGAGAAACUCCUAGCACUGUUUCAGAAGAAAGAGAAGAGAGUGUUAGCUGUUACUCUGAAGGUGCAAACUACUGUAUCGAGCCCGACAACAUUAGGAAUGAAAAUUUCUCAAUGGGCUUGCAAGAGAUGUCAAUUAACGACACCUCAACCAUUCCAGAAGAUGGUGUUGAAGAAUUCGAAAAAAUCCACUUAAUCGAGUACCUGUUCAAGAGACUCCAUCAACUCGGUGCGCGCAGUGUUUACGGUGUGUCAAAAGACUACAAUCUCACAGCACUCGACUAUGUCCAGCCCUGUGACUUACGUUGGGUUGGAAAUGCAAAUGAAUUGAAUGCCGGCUAUGCUGCGGAUGACGCUCGUAUCAAAGGUAUCUCGGCCCUCAUGACGGUAAUGGGUGUCGGCGAGCUGUCUGCUAUGAAUACUAUUGCGGGUGCAUUCACCGAAAAGGUUCCAUCGUGCAUAUUGUUGCAACUGCAGCUCAACUUGCAUCACUCCUUAGGCGAUGGCAAUUUUUGUCUAUUCUCUACUUUUUACAAGGCGAUUAGCUGUGGCCGGCUCAUGCUUGGUAACUGGUCGCCUGAUACUAGGGCUUUUAUCGAUGUUGCUCCUAUCGAUUGUACUGUCGACGAUAUACUGGUAGCAUGUAUGCAAAAGAGCCAGCCUGUCUAUAUUGGGCUUCCCACUGACCUCAUCGAACGCAAAAUCUCGUCUGCCAGAUCGGUUCAGUCUGUUGGUUAUCCCUUGUUCGUAACGUCGCGCCCUGAAACUCAUGAUUAUCGAACCCGCGUGAUGGCCACCAAUAUCAGGGAGAUAAUAUCCGUAUCGAGGAGCGUUAUACCCUGUCAAGAUUUCUUUCUUCCACCCGACACCAAGAUGAUCAACUCCGGCGCUUGGCUCUCUAUUGGGGAUACACUCGGUGCCUGCAUUGGAGCUGCCGUCGCUCAAUCGGAUGCCAGCGAAGACCAUCCGGGAUGUCCAAAGGGACGCACAAUCCUCUUUGAAGGCGACGGCAGUUUCCAAAUGACAGCUCAAGCAGUCAGCGACAUAAUCUGCAACCGUCUCGACAUGACCAUAUUCCUCAUCAACAACGACGGCUACACCAUGGAGCCAAUCAUCAACGGAAUGCAUGCUAUCCGGUGUUUUACUAGACGCACAAACAACUGGGGGGAAUUGUUCAGGACUGUUGAAAGCGUCGCGGCUGAUUGCGGUCCAAAGCGAUAUGGUUUCGGAUCGUUGGAUUCCAACGGAGCCGGCCGGUGUCAGAGAUGUGUGGUCGGCCAGGAGCUUACCGCACUCGGUCCAGAGGUUCUUAAUUUCUCGGCGGAUCUCGUCUGA